UCCAAUACAAAUUACAAAUAUAUUCUAUAAGAAAUUUCCUAACACAAAAAAAAUAGAAAGAAACGAACGCGUUUGUUGAAUUAUCUGCUAAAUUAAGAUUAAUAAAUCAUAAGAUUUUCUAAAUUGGUGAUUUUGGGGAUAUUCUUUAGAUAAUAAUUAGAAGAUUAUCAUCCGUUUUUAGUUUCACGAAGUUUAAACUACGUCAUCAAGACUAAACGAUCGUACUACGAACACGUGUAACUGUAACAGCUACGGAGUCGCCACAUCACACAGAGUCUCUUCAUCCCAAAAACUUUCCCCAAAAAAGAAAGAAACAUAUUUGCUCUGCUUCUCUAACAUAGGGUAAGCGAUCUUUACACAUCUUUGCUUAAGUUUUAUACUUUAUCUUCUUAUCUCUGACUAUGGUCUGCGAUUGAGGAAAACCAAAAUUGUUAUUUCGAUGUCGUGAUCAUAAUGGAAGAUAGCUUUGGGGGCAUGGUUUACCUUUUUUGUGAUCGUGUACUCUAAUCUCUGAAUGUGUAAACUCAUGUAUGAUUUUUCGUGAUAGUUCCUAGAUUCUCGGAGAAUCAAAUUCACAUAAUCAAUGGAGCAAACUUCGGUGGCAGAUGGUGCAGGUAAAGUAAAAGAGUCAAGGGUAAUCUCUCCGGGAGGGUCCAAGAUCGAAGAGAGGCAAAUUCACGGUGUUACUAAUGAGAAUGACAUGAGUCAAGGUAAGAGAGAUCAGCCUCGUGGUGAAGUGAACAUGGAAGCUUCUAUAUCAGCAGAAGAUGUGAUAAGAGCUGGAGGGUUUGGUGCUAAGGACGACAUUGGAAGCUUCCUUCCCGUGGCGAGUGACUCCACUGACUUUGAGGAAUCACUCCGCUCGGCACGUGACUAUGAAGAAACGCAACCGGAGGUUCAAAGACCGGGUCUUGGCUAUCCUAAAGAGUAAUUUUUUUGCCUUUGGUGGUUCUAAUGCUUCUACAGUUUGUUGUUGGGUUUUGUGGAAUCAAUUGUUGUGUGAGAUGAUGGGCUAAGGCUGGAAUAUUUCAAGGUAGAGAACUCUCUAGUUGACUUUGGAGCUGCUGUCGGUAUUGGAAACGUCUUCAGUUAUUUGGCUACAUUUUUAGAAAG